AGGGAGCUAUACACCAUCAUCAUUCUGACGAGGUCGUUGGAGUACGCUACCAUCGCUCCACGGUUCCGCGUCUUGGUUACCAAUCGGCACAACAACCUCCGAUCAGCGCAGACGCGCGGUCCCUUCGCCGCAUUUCAGAGCGUAUAUAUUAACUCGAAGCAUGUCAAAAAUCACGGAGAAAGCAAACUGUGACGACUGUAACUAUCCCGCCCACGGGGGAAAUGACACGGGAUCGCGCGUGCAUUCCACCAUGGAUGAGGACGACGAACUUCUGAGAUACAUUUGGACCGAUUACUUACACCCAAAGGAGUACGAGUGGGUUCUAAUAGUGGCUUACAUAGUUGUGUUCUUUGUGUCACUGAUCGGAAACUCGCUUGUUUGUUUUGCAGUGUGGAAAAAUCGUCACAUGCGCACAGUGACCAACUACUUCAUAGUAAACCUCUCCCUGGCUGAUGUGCUGGUCACCAUCAUUUGUCUGCCUGCGAGUCUUGUGGUUGACAUCACAGAGACUUGGUUUUUUGGUGAAACUCUUUGCAAAAUUGUCCCCUAUCUCCAGACCAUCUCUGUUUCGGUGUCUGUUUUGACACUGAGCUGUAUUGCUCAAGACCGCUGGUACGCUAUCUGUCACCCGCUUAAGUUCAAGAGCACGGCCAAGAGAGCUCGCAAAAGUAUCAUUGCCAUCUGGGUGGUGUCGUGCAUCAUCAUGAUACCACAGGCCAUUGUGAUGGAGUGCAGCAGCCUGCUGCCUGAACUUACAAACAAAACCAGCCUGUUCACAGUCUGUGAUGAACACUGGGGAGCUGAGGUCUACCCAAAAGUCUACCACACUGGCUUCUUCAUUGUCACAUAUUUUGCUCCAUUAUGUCUCAUGGUCCUGGCUUAUAUUCAGAUUUUUCACAAGCUGUGGUGCCAACAGAUUCCUGGAAACACAUCGGUGAUUCAGAGGAAUUGGAGGACUAUCCAGUGCUCAGGUCCAAGUUCAGGAUCGGGAGAGUCUGGAGGGGUGAAGACGAGCACAGUUUCCGCUGAGAUCAAACAAAUCAGAGCCAGACGCAAAACAGCUCGCAUGCUGAUGGUUGUGCUCUUUGUGUUUGCUCUCUGCUACUUACCGAUCAGUGUGCUCAAUAUCCUGAAACGGGUUUUUGGCACCUUUAAGAAUACAAACGACCGAGAAACAAUAUAUGCAUGGUUCACUUUUUCACACUGGCUAAUAUACGCAAACAGUGCAGCAAAUCCUAUCAUCUAUAAUUUUUUGAGUGGCAAGUUCCGUGAGGAGUUUAAAUCAGCAUUUUCUUGCUCUUGUUACGGGCAACAGCAAGACAACAGCACGAGGAUGAGGACGAGAGCAAACAGAGACAGCCGAAAGUCCAUGUCAACCCAAGUUAAUAAUGUGGACAACUUGUCACGGCUGUCAGACCAGAUUGUGUAGAUAUUAAAUACACGUGAGAGGUUUAAAUAUCCAUCUCAAGGACAUGGAGAUGGCAAAGAAUCACACUGAAGAAUGUAAAAACUCUCUAAGGACUUGUUACAAAAAACAAUUAUUUUCUGGAGACUGUGAUAAAAUCUGUUUAAUUUUAAAGGCUGGAUUUCUAUGAACUGUAAAUGACACAUUAAUGUUCAGUGUUGUUUUUUUUGGGGGGGGGGGUUUCCGCUACAGAUCCACUAUUUUCCAUAUUUAAACUGCGUUGACUUUAAAAAUAUAUUUUGUUUCAGCAAUCAAUGUAUUUAUUUAUUUACCUAUUUAAUUAUUUAUUCUGCUCUAGUAGAGGAGUUGUGGCUGAAAAGAUCAAGUCCCUUGCUGCUCAGAAAACCUCAAUGAGUUUUGCUGGUAAAAGACUGCAGAUGUGAGAUAAGAUUGAAUGAAAAUAUGGAAAAAUAUAAAGGUAAUAAAUAAUUAAAAUUCCCAAAUUACAGUAUUAGUGACGGUGGUAAACUUUGAUUUGGCUUACUUUGUUAACAGCAGUACUAAAGUUCACCUUUUAGCCAGAACAUGCAAACCACAGAAGUCAAAUUUUUGAAUCUUAAACUAUGUAAAAUGGCAAUUUCCUACUUUAUGGGAAUAAUAUUUUGUGUGAAUGUUUCAGGGUAUUUUGAGAUAGUCUUAUUAACUUAUUGUGUGAGCAUGAUAAUGUAUCCUCCAGUAUGUCAGGCUGCUAUAGAAAGAAAAAUCUAUUAGCAGGCAGGUUGCAGGGCAGAAGUGUUUACACCCCCUGAAGUGUGCAUACUUUCAAACCAAAAAACAAAAAUUAUAUGUUUUUCAAAUAUGUCUUUGUAUAAAAAAAAUUGGAAGGUGGUUAGAGAACAUAAACCAAAAGCUUAAUCAAAAUCAGGGACAAAGUAAGAAGGCCAUGUCUAACAUUUUAAGUUUUAUCCUAAACUUACUAAGACAUGGCAGUUUAUUUAAACUUACAUAGAUCCAGAUCGUGUAGAGAAUUAUUAUUAUUAUUGUGUUUUUUUUAUUGUUCCAAGGUAAAAAAUGUUUUCUGUCGGGAAACAUUUUACAAAAAUUAGUGUAAAAACAAUCAAGUGAAGGAUUGAUUGUCAUGCAUCGUUUUGUUCUUAGGGAUAUUAGAUAAAUUCACAAAAUAAUGAAAUGAAUUAUUGCUUAAUCAAAGUUAUUCAGUUUUGCAAUCACUGCAUCUGUUGAAAUGUCAACAGGUUACAACAAUCAUGUUGUAAUCAAAGAAAACAAAGAUGAAAAUUAGCUUUGAAGGACCUGCUUCACGUCUGUUCAUUGACUUGUGCUGGAUUGUGUUUCUGACCAGCUAAACUAUUCAAGGUUUGCUUUGUUGAAAGUAAUUGUGGACACUAUUGGUGUUUCUUGUUUGUUUUGUAUUUAUUAUUGUGAUUAUUUUUGCAAUGUUAAAGUUAUAGGUUUGAAAAAAUUAAUUUAACAUUUUGAUCAUCUGAUUGAAAACUAUGGAGUUUUGAUGUUACUGAAGUAUUAAUUUGAAGUAUUACUAAUUUUGCUUCUUCCAUGCAGAUGUACCUUCUUACUUGGUUUGAAAUGUUGUGUCUUGUUUUUAUUUGUUAUUGUUUGUAAUCUAAACAGGGAUAUUGUGGUUGUUAAUUUGUUCUAUGGGUUUUUUUAAACAUUCUUCAUUACAGUUGACAUCUGCAAUCAAAGUGCUUAAACUGUAUGUGAUUGAUCAAUAAAUUAUUUUUUCAGUGUGCAAUAUA